AUGGGUAACGCCUGCAAUGGAUGCUUCCAAAAAGAAAUAAUAAGUGACGGAAAUAAUACAGGACAGCCUUCCUCGAAACCUAUAAUUAACUUUGAAGAAAUCGAAGAAACAAAGUCACCAAAAGGGGCAGGCAGAAAAUCAAAGCCAAAAAUUGCGGCAGUAACUUGGCAAAAAGUAAAAGAAGUCAAUGAAGCAGUCACAGCCGUCAUCUCAGCACGGCCGAAAUCAUCAGAAGACAUCAAUAUGAUUCUAAAUGCACUAAAUAGUCAUUUUAUUUUGAGGAAUUUGGAUGAAGACAGCCAACGGCAUAUUAUUGAUCAAAUGAAACACUUCUCAGUAAAUUCAGGAGAAAUCAUCACUCAGCAAGGAUUCCCUGGGAAAUAUUUCUUUGUUUUAGCUACAGGUCGGCUUGAAGUAAUUGUUAAUGGAAUCAGGCAAAACGUCCUAAAGCCAGGGACUGGCUUCGGAGAGCUAGCUUUAUUGGACGACAAACCUAGAACAGCUACAGUUAAAUCUGCUCAGAAAUCAACAUUAUGAGGGGUUGACAGACUAACCUUUAAACAAGCAGUAGAAGCUGUCAAUAGAAUGAAUUAUGAGGAAAACAAAUUGUUUAUAAAUAGUGUCCCAAUUUUCGAAAUUCUUACUUCUCAACAAAAAGAAGCCCUCCUCGCAUCUAUAACAACUCAAAAAUGGGACAACAGACAAGCCAUUGUCAAAGAAGGCGAAGUAGGAGAUUUAUUUUAUAUUAUAAAAGAAGGCGUAGUUUUAUGCACCAAAGAAGGUGUCGAAAUAAGACAAAUGAUAAAAGGCGAUUUCUUUGGAGAGAGCAAGCUCUUCUUUACUUAAUCACUGACAGGCUCGUGCCCUUAAUUGUUACGCAAUCACCGAGGAUCCCUUGUGGGAUUCAUCUGCUUUGCGACCUCCCUCUCACACAUGAUGAGAGUACUGAGGCCUCCUCCUUGCCUCUUGCAAAAGGCUCCAGUAUUGAGAGUGGGCAGACUACGGGUUUGUGCGGCCUCCUGAGGCUGUAGUUGACGAAGUUGGCAUUCCGAAAUUCCAAAAAAUGGAAUUUCUGGUAGCCUAUCGGCAAAAGGGUUAAGUCCAGAUCCUGGAACGUAACGCCCAGUUUCACGCUAGGCAGUUGCCCGAUUGGUCUAGGUAUUACCUGUAGACUCCGCUGGGCUUGCCCUUCCAAAUCCGAACCCUCCUUUCCUUCGAGGUAAAAACUAGUCACCGAAUUAGACUUGGCUAGGGUUCUGCGCUCCUACAGAAUUAGUUGCCUAGCAUUGCCGUCUUAUCAGGGCUAGAAAAACCUUGCCGGAUAUAAUUAAAAAUAUGGGUCGGAGGCUGUAUGGCCGGGAGGCCAUACCUAGACGAAGACGCCAUAUUUUAAUUAUUCCAAGCUCUUCUUUACAAUUCUAAAAGAACAGCUACAAUUACUUGUGUAGGAGCUGUCAAAGUUUUGUGUAUAGGUAGAGGGAGUUUGCUUGAAGCUCUAGGAGAAAAUCUGCAACAAGUUAUAUAUAGGAAUAUUCAAAAGAAAGCAAUAGAAAAAAGUGAACCUCUAAAAAACCUCACAAAAGAGCAGUCACAGAAAAUGAUGGAUGCCAUGAAAAUCGCAAAAUUCAGCUCUGGAGAAGUAGUGGUUUCAAAAAACUCGUUACAAGGAUCUAAGCUGUGUAUCAUUAUGAAGGGCAGAGUUAGAGGCCCGCUAGGAGUUUAUGAAACUUUUUCAUGCAUUGGAGACGACAAGAUUAGCCAAACUUCUGAACAAAAUAAUCCAGAAAAUUAUAUAGCUGAGACUGAUGCUGAUAUUGCUCAGAUAUCGAAAGAAGAGUUUGAACGAUGCUUAGGAGUGGGAGGCAUUGCCCCUGCUACAAAUAAUAAUGCAGCCUUGGCUGUUUUAAAGCAGGUCCAGCUGCUUCGAAAUCUGCCGAAAGAUAGACUAAAAGCUUUACUCCAGGUUUUAAGGACUGUAGAUUUCAGAGAUCGAGAAGCAAUUGUUCAGGAGAAUGAAACAGGAGAUACAUUGUAUAUAGUAAAAACAGGGAAAGUGAGCAUUUUUAAAGAUAACACAAAUGUAAGAACUCUAACAAUGCAUGAUUAUUUUGGGGAAAGAUCAAUUUUGUUUAAUGAAAGACGAAGCGCUACAGUUGUGGCUGAAGGAAAUGUUACUUGUUGGACGUUAGAAAAAAAUGAUUUUGAAAGUAUUAUUGAUUUCAGCAUGAGGACUCAGCUGCUUAAAAGAAUUGAAUUGCAAGACAACACAAUUAUGCUUGACCAACUUGUGAUGAUAAAGCCACUUGGAAAAGGGAUGUUUGGCAAUUGUUCCCAGUCAUUUAAUGGGAACUUUUUCCUCAUAUCAGACUUUUGGUAGUAAAUUUUUCUCGAAUGGCAUUCUUCGGCAAAAAACUGUCAAAAUUCUAUCAAAUUUAUCAUGAGGAAAAAAUUUCGAUCAGGAAAUGUCACAGAACCAAAAUAUAUCAAUCAUCAAAUGGCAUGAGCUGUUUGGCAAUGUAUAUCUGAUGACUCAUAAAGAAAAAGGCGCAUUUUAUGCUAUGAAAACUGUACCUCGAAGUAAAAUUGUAGCCUAUAAUAUACAUGAAAGUCUAGUACUUGAGAGGAAAAUUCUUUUGCAAUUAGACCAUACGAUGAUAGUAAAGCUUGUAAAAACCUUUAAAGACAGCAAAAGGAUUUAUUUUCUCAUGGAAUAUGUAAGAGGAAUCGAUUUAUUUGAUGUCCUUAGACAACUCGGUCUUUUAAAAGAAGAUGAUGCAAGGUUUUAUACAGCUUGUCUAGUGGUUAUCCUUGAGUACUUGCAUAAGAGAGAUAUCAUAUACAGGGAUUUAAAGCCUGAAAAUAUCAUGAUUGACGAAGAAGGGUACCCAAAGCUCAUUGACUUUGGCAUAGCAAAAAUCGUAAAUGGGAGAUCUUAUACCACUGUAGGGACUCCUCAUUAUAUGGCCCCAGAAGUGAUUAUGGGGAACGGAUAUAACUCAGCAGUAGACUGGUGGAGCUUAGGGAUCAUGAUUUAUGAGUUUGUGUUUGGAACUGUCCCAUUUGGCGAAAAUGAAGAAGAUACAUAUAAAGUUUACGAAAGAGUGAUUGAGCACAAUUUAAUUUUUCCGACAAAUAUAAAGCACACAACACAUUUAAAGUCAAUUAUUACACAACUUUUAAGUGUCAAAGGAGCGUCAAGAACUGGCGGAAGCAUUUCUAAGCUUAAAAAACACAAAUUUUUAGCUGGGUUUAAGUGGGAAGUAAUGUUUUCGAGAGGAAUUUCCCCUCCAUAUGUCCCGAAGCUUCGAUCUUUGACAUCUGAAGCUGCGAAAGCAUUUAAAUCGAAAAAGAACUUUUUAGAUACUAUACUGCGAGACGAAAUUUCAGUCGAGACUCCAAUCCAUGCAGGCAAAUCAAAAUCCUCAGUUCCUAUGAACUGGGAUAUCGAGUUUUAA